GUAACAGAAAGUAUGAUGUUCUUUCGGGAUACAAUUUUCUACGGCUUUCAGUGGCAUCGAUGUACUCUUAAACCUCUGGAUUAAUCUUGUUCAUUUAUGCCAAUUGAUGGUAAUCUAGGGUAAACUUGAGCCUGCUAAUAUAUUGUUAGCUUCGUCAAGGGCCGUUAAGUUUCAGUUUACUUGACACCAGUAACGUUGAUGUUGGAUCUCAGUGGCUUUCAUCGAUAUGUUUAACCGCAAUAAGACGCCGACCCCGCGGUCAGCUUACAGCCGCGAGCCGUACCCUCCGCCACGAGCACCCUGGGUUUAUGAAUCCAGCCAUGGACCGAAAGCUGCGAACAGCUUUAAUUUUCCAAACGUGGAGAUGUUGCCUCGUUACGAAUGGAAGCCUCAACCAUUCACCUCUGCAUACGUCCCUCCGCACAUCGCCAGUAUAACCAGUGGGCGAAAGAGGCGCCAUAAUGAGCACAGUACUUACGCUCUCAAACGCCAACGAGUUGAACCUUUGCUCCAGCUAUCGCCCGCCUCCCCUCUAAGAUUGGUUGCCAAUCCUCCCCCAGCAGCGGAGGAGACCUUAAGAUCUGGCAUCGUGGGUUUUGAUCACUUUAAUCCCAAUCCGCUCCAUCACCCGAACACAGAGGUGCUCACCGUCCCUGACAUAUCAUUGAGCAUUCAGAACUACAUCACGGACAAGCUGAGUGGUCAGAUGGUGGAGCUGUUCGAGGCUUGUCAGCAACAAUCUUCAGAUCUGGAGAGGAAAGAGGCGUGUCGAGCACGGCUACAAGAAGUCAUACAGGAAAUAUUUCCAGUGGCACGGCUUUACCUGACCGGAUCUUCGAUGAAUGGAUUGGGUUCCCGGAGCAGCGAUGCUGACCUUUGUCUUGUGAUUAAGGGAAAUAAACGUCCCAACCCAAUUGAUGUCCUCUCUCGACUCAAAAGGGCUUUCAGAUCCCUCCCAUAUAUUGAAAGGAUUCAGCUGAUAAGGGCUAAAGUCCCCAUCCUCAAGUUCAGAGAGAGAGGCAGUCACCUGGAGUUUGACCUGAAUGUCAACAACACAGUGGGCAUCCGAAACACAUUCCUCCUGAGAAGCUACGCUUACGCCGACGUCAGGGUUAGGCCCAUGAUUCUGGUCAUAAAGAAGUGGGCACGGCACAACCAGAUCAACGAUGCCAGCAAAGGAACGCUGAGCAGUUACACGCUGGCGCUGAUGGUCCUUCACUAUCUCCAGACUCUUAAAGAACCUGUCCUUCCUUCUCUUCAAAAGGCUCAUCCUGAGAGUUUUAAUCCCUUCAUGGACAUAGAUAUGGUUCCAGACGGACCCAAAAACAUUCCUCCCUACAUCUCAAGGAACCAGUCGUCUCUGGGCGAGCUGCUGCUGGGUUUUCUCAGAUAUUACGCUACAGUGUUCAGUUGGGAUAAACAAGUGAUCUCUGUGCGUGAGGCCACAACUUUACCCAAGACCAAUUCUCAAGAGUGGAGAAACAAGUUCAUAUGUGUGGAAGAGCCAUUUGAGAGGAACAAUGUUGCCAGAGCCGUCCAUGAGAAGAUGAAGUUUGAUGCCAUUAAAGUUCAGUUUGCAGAGUCAUACUGGAUCCUGCAUGCGAGGAAGGACCUGAACUCCAUCCUCCCUCUCAGAUCCAUCAUCAGUAAGGAGUCUGCGAGGCGAUGAGCUGACCGGCUUCUCCCCAGGAACAAUGAAAGACAUUGAGGUUAUACAGAGAAAGAGGCUUCAUCGGCUCCCAGCUGAAGAGGAUAUGAGGAAGAACUGAGUUGAUUUUGUUGGGCCUGAUCAAAAACGCUGUACCAUGUCUGAUGUAGUUGUCACUGACUAGAGGAUUUGAAGGCAACAUCCAUCCCCUACAGACGGUAAACCAGAGCAGGAUAACAAAGGAUCAGGUUGAAUAGCUGCUUCAUGGUCUUCUGUGCUUUUAUGGGUAGAAAUGAUAUCAUCUCCCAUCUAAGAAGGGCUUAAAUGGAACUGACAGCUUUAAGGUGUAAAAAUCUCUUCACCUCUGAGCUUAUCUUAUUGCAGCUUGUUUUUUUUUUGUGUUUUUUUCGGGUUCUCCACAGCACCCUUCCUGAAGAUGACAAUUUAUAUACAUUUGCGGUAUACAGACAGUUUUUAUAACAUGGGGACGUUGCGACCCUCAGUUCCAUUUUUAUAGGUCAACGUCGACAGCAUUGUGUUUCUUUUCUAGUGCCGCAUUAAAUUAAUGAUCCUCUGCCUUUUUUUCACUAUUUCUGACUCCUGUGCUCUUCUUUGAUGUUUGAGGCAAAACAAGCACAGCAGGCUGGAGUUUUAGCGUUCUCCAGAUGAUUGCUCCUCCUGUGUAUUAACUCUUCUCAGCUGUUGUCAGGGAUCAGCUGCUGACAACUAGAUUUAUUUUGGCAAAUAAUUCCUGCGUUAGAUUUCUAUCUUGCUUUCAGGUAUGUCAGAUGCAUAUUUCUUCCUCUUUACCUUUUUUUUUGUCUUCGGUUUUUCUAAGCUCUUUUUGUACAUUUUGUAGUCUAUAAAAUACUGUUUAUUUAAAAAUAAUUAAAUCUCUUCAGAUGUGUUUUUGUGACCCAAACAAUUGACUUUGUUGCUGUAAAUGCCAAAACACUGAUGAUAUUUGAACUACCGGUAUUAUUUUUCUAUUUGAUAAUUCUGUUUCUCAAAGAAUUUCUUAUAUUGUAAGUAAUGCUUGUAACAUUAUUUUGUCAUUUAUUUCUGAAAGGGGAAAUUUUAUAUAAUAAGUUCCUUACAAAUAGAGUGAAUAUUUCAAUUCACUCUCAUUUUGAUGUCUAGAUCAGAGAUAAUCAAAACGCAAAAUUCAUUUUCUCAGAAAAUUUGAAAAAACAAACACUAAAUCUUAUACUAGAAACUGAUGAUGUCACACCCUAUUAUGGUAACUAACUCCAUAUUCCUGAAAAGUUUCCUUAUCUUACUUGAAGCCUCCUGCUGACAAGCUACAUGUAGAUGUGCUAUUUUUUUCUCUUUCCAGGAGGAAUUGGCAUCUGCUCACACUGCUAAUGGUACCAAAAGCAGGUUGAAAAACCUCAGUGUUACUGUAAUUGUUUAGCAAAUUGUAUGACCUUAACCUAUUGAGAAUAUUUGGGAUGAGGGAUGCAGUAUUUAAAGCAAUAUACUCAGUGUAUAGA